CCAGUCAGUCCUCGCCCAACUCUCGUCGUAGUGGCUGUGUUGCCGCACCAGUUGCUUUCCACAACUCGCCGACGAUCGCGCUCCCUCGUGCCUUACUGAGUGUCCCUCGUGCCUUGUGUGUGCGCAGGGAACGCUUGUUUGCACUCUCUUUGUGGUAUUAUUACUGACGCUUGGGAUUACUGGAUCCAUUACCACAUUUUGUGCUGAAGAUUCUUCCCCGAGUCGGUGACACGUUCAGCCCGACGGGGUUGACGAAGGCAGUACUCCAGCAGGCUACUUGCAUCCCCGGCAGCAGCCGCAGCGCUGUCCCGCCCCACCUGGCCCCGCCCCGCCCCGUCCCGUCCUGACGCCGCUGUUUGAGUCUUGGGAGGAAUAAAUCUUGCAGACGCUGACACAAGGUGGAUAUUAUUUAGCUUGCAAAGUCCUCACCUCACACAUACAUGUAACUGUGAUUUACAUAAACCAUUAAUAUAAGAUUAGAUGUACUUGAUAUUCGAUUUACAUAAGAACAUAAAAAAGGGGGAAGCUGCAAGAGGCCGCUAAGCUUACACGUGGCAGUCUCUGUAUGAACAAAGCUACUUAAUUCCAUCUGUCAUCUCCAUCCAUAAAUUUAUCUAAUUUUCUUUUAAAGCUCCCUAUUUAUAAUGGGGUUCUGACAGAAAUGACACUUUGUACCUUUUGUAGUCGCGCAUAGCCCCAGACGCUGGACUCAGCAGAACUGUAACCUGCAGCUCCAACCUGCGUGAAGGGGCGUUAAUACCCGUCCAGUCGUCUGCUCGCCUUCCAACAUCAGUCUGGAGUCAUGGCGGUAAGCAGACUCACCACCUCAAAGGCGGUGAUAUCGUGCAUCUGUAAUCGAGAACCGUGAUUCAAAUCUGCAGAAGGCACGGAAGGACAUAGUGCCUGUUAAGUCGUUCUUUUGUCACAUGGGCGUUCAGAUGCUUGUUUUCUAGAUGAUUUUGUUUAGCAUGUAUUUUUAUUUAUAUUCAUUUUUUAUUAUUUUAUUGUUUAUUAUUUUAUUUUAUUAAUGGGGAGGAGUUGGGACAGAGUGGCGAGAAGAGUCAUUUAAAUGAAUAUGCAGCGCAAGCCGGUAGUUUUCACCGGAUUGCCAGUGUUGAAGAAUGUCUUGUUUACAGCCACUAUUCAUGUAAUUUAAGUUAUUAUGACGUAGGAAUAAAUAUUACUGAAAUUCACGUUUAAAAGUGUGACGUAGUGCUGUGGAUCAUUCCGCCCGUACCGUUUCCUACAGUCUCGUCAUAUUCCUCGAGUCUAUCAAUUUGGAGGAACAGAGAGGCCUUCCUAGAUAAUGCCCAGUCACAUCUGGGGUUUUGUCUUUCCCUUGCAGACCGGGAGCACCGGUGCUAUUGUCAAGACUGGCGACAUGGUGCCUCUGCACCAAAUAACAGAUACAGCUGCUGGCAUCCCUUGGUACGUGACCACCUCACCAUCAUUCAGCACAUCCCAGCCUGCCUUCCAACGCUUUAGCCUUACCACCACCUGUCCCGCCUCCAAGAGAAACAGCAUAGCGUCGUUGAUGAGCGGCUCCGGUGCCUGCAAACUACCCGAGCUGGUGGUGAGUGACGUGCUGGGUGUGGGCCUCCAGGUGCUGGACUUCACUAUGAGCUACAUGCCAACCUCUGUUCCCUACGUGCCAUUCCCCGCCCCAUCACCUCCUCAGCCACCCACGAUGAGUGUGGCUCCAGGAAACGGUAACAUCCCAUCUCCUAAUUCAGCAAUCAUGGCCUCAGUGGAGAUGACAAAUGACCCUGUAACCAAAGCCGUCAUGGAAAAUGUAUUAGGACGUCUUCCCACCAAGGUGAAGCCAAAGGUCACUGUGCGAUGUGAUGUCUGCAACCUAGAAUUUUAUUCACAAGCAGUCUUGGAUUCUCAUUUAGCAGGCUCCAAGCACCAGCGAAAAGUGAAAUCAGCAGACCUCAUGAAAACACUAGAAGAAACAGAAACUGGAUUUGAGCGAGACGAAGUCAGUGGAGUAAUUCGCUGCAUUGUUUGUGAUGUGACUGUCAACUCGCCACAACUCCUGGCAACUCACAUAGCAGGAAACAAACAUAAACAGAGGGCUGCCAAGCGUUCUGGGGAAUCUGGCACCGCGCCACCGACCAAAAGACCUUGCUCUGGGGUCACAGGCCAAGUUUCAAUGGAGACUGCAACUAUCAGAAACAGCAAUGGUGGGCCUCAAGAUCCUACCCACCAGGCAAACAACACUUCACUCCCGAAGACUGGCAAUUCAGCAGGCAGCUCCUCUCUAGAAAUUCCUGAUUGUGUUACGAAGUUGGAAGAAACAAAGGGAGGUGGAAAAUAUCUCUGUAACCCUUGCCAAGCACAUUGUAACUCAGAGCAGCAGCUAGCACAGCACUUGACUUCACGAAAACAUCAAGAUAAGUUGAGUGGACGGAAGCCAGAAAGAGGAGGUUGGAGAGGACGGCGACGGCCAGGCUUCCGUGGCAGACCUUAUGGAAGAAAUAUUCACUUAUCCUCCCGAAAACAUCAAGACAAAUUGAGUGGACGCAAGCCAGAAGGAGGUGGUUGGAGAGGACGACGGCGGGCAGCCUUCCGUGGCAGACCUGGUGGCAGAGGCCGGCCUUCCCACACUUACACACAACCACUCUCCUCAAACUUUGUGGCUGGAGGAGCCUUGCUGUGAGCCAUACCUAGUCAAGGGUAGCCACCACAACCAAACCCACACUUAGAGUGAAUGUAUGCAGGGUCAGGGCUGAGGCAAGUACAAUACCAGUGUUAUGACAAAUUUUCUGGCAUUGGCUGAAGUAUUUAUGUAAAUUUAUUUUUAUUCAGUAUUAUUACCUUGUUUAAUGGGGAUAUUAGUUGAAGUCAUUAGGUUCUAUUAGGUAUACUUGUGUAAUGUUUUAUGUAAUUCCCCAUACUGCUUUUAUUGUUUGCGCAGAUUGAAAAUCCUUUGUCCGGAGUGGUACAUUGUCAUAUAAAAUUAAGAAGUGUUAAGUGUUGACAUUGUCUCAUUCAUAUUUUCAUACUGACAUGAAACAAGCAAUACACUGACAUCAUUUCAUUGAGUGCAGUAGUUAUCAUACUGAAUUUAAUAUGUAAAGCAACGUCAGGGAUGAAAAUUUAGAUUGGAUGAAAUUAAGGCUCUAAAAAUUUUACAUUGGUGUUAAGAAUUUUAAACAAAAGUGUCAUGAUUUUCUUCUGAAUUUCAUAUUUUAAAGCACAAAAACAUACCAUAUUUGAGGCUUCUAGAUUAAAAUAGAUAUCUAAGCCAAAACAAGGUUCUGAAUUAGUGUAUAAAGUUUAACAAUCUUUAUCUUAUUGUCAGAUUAUAAAAAAUAAAGCAACAUUGCAUGGUGGCCACCUCUCUUGCCUUCCGUUCACUGAUUGACAGAAUAAGGAGGUGGUGGACAUACAUGAAACAUAAUUAGGCCAUUCUUCCAGGCUAGAAUGCCUUUCAGACUCAGCAGUAAUUCUGCAUGCUGAAAAAGCAUGUGGCAUUAGCUCAUCUGUUUGUUCUCUAGAUGCUCAUUUCUUUACUGCUGGCUAAGGUAAUCAUGUAGAGGUGGAAUAUAUGCCUUUCAUGAACAGAGCUCAACUCAAAACCAGUAAAUUGAUGUGGAUACCCUUUUGAUUCUAGAUGCCUCAAUUCUAGAAUAGAUAUUUAAACAUUCAGCAACACUUACAGUACUCUUUUUCCAGAUGGUAACCACAUCAUGAAUAAUGGUGGAUUUUAUAAGAUCUGAAAUCUAGAGCAUUUUUUAUCCCAAGCAUUCCAAAUAAGGGAUUCAACUUGUAUUGAUAGAAUUUUUUUUCUCCUAAGUUGAAUGAGGAAGAUAAAACAAAGUGAGAUGUUCAUAGAACCAACUUUUCUUUCUCAGGAUUAAUACCAAAAAUAUCAUUGUGUGAAAACAAAAUUGUACACCUGCUGUGGUAGGAAGCUAGGGAAACAUUAAUGUGAUUUUUUGGUAAACACUUUAGAGUGAUUUCCAGUAUUUCUUGGCAAGUACAUCAAUACUGGAUUCUCUCUCUCUCUCUCUCUCUCUCUCUCUCUCUCUCUCUCUCUCUCUCUCUCUCUCUCUCUCUCUCUCUCUCUCUCUCUCUCUCUCUCUCUCUCUCUCUCUCUCUCUCUCUCUCUAAUUAGUAGGUAUGCAACUUGAAUGUUGAUCACUAGUAUAAAACAAGUUAUUUAAUUUCUCUCUCUCUCUCUCUCUCUCUCUCUCUCUCUCUCUCUCUCUCUCUCUCUCUCUCUCUCUCUCUCUCUCUCUCUCUCUCUCUCUCUCUCUCUCUCUCUCUCUCUCUCUCUCUCUCUCUCUCUCUCUCUCUCUCUCUCUCUCUCUGGAAUUAGUAGGUAUGCAACUUGAAUGUUGAUAACUAGGAUAAAACAGGUUAUUUCUCUCUCUCUCUCUCUCUCUCUCUCUCUCUCUCUCUCUCUCUCUCUCUCUCUCUCUCUCUCUCUCUCUCUCUCUCUCUCUCUCUCUCUCUCUCUCUCUCUCUCUCUCUCUCGAGUAAGUAGGUUUGCAACUUGAAUGUUGAUAACUAGUAUAAAACAAGUUAUUUCUCUCUCUCUCUCUCUCUCUCUCUCUCUCUCUCUCUCUCUCUCUCUCUCUCUCUCUCUCUCUCUCUCUCUCUCUCUCUCUCUCUCUCUCUCUCUCUCUCUCUUUCAAAACUAACAACUGUCAUCUAUUCGAGCUCUUUCCAUGUAGAUCUGCAGCACAUCACUCAAAGCAUUCAUUUCCCCUUAAAUGUACUGUACAAGUAAGGAAAUAGAUACCAAAUGAAUACUUGAAAUACAUUCUCAUUGAUUGACAUAUAUCCCUCACUUAACUCCACCAACCAUUGUGUAAAAAUGUAAAAAAAAAAUAAAUAAAAAUAAAUAAAUAAAUAAAAUAAAAUAAAAAUAAAUAAAUAAAUAAAUAAAAUAAAAUAAAAAGAGAAAGAAAGAAAGAAAGGCGUAACAAAUAAAAGUGAUGUGAUUUAGUUAUCCAUUUUCCCAGUAGUGAAAGAGGAAAGACUACUAAAAUAUGCUCAGUUUAAGGUAAAAUUUGCUCUUAGAGUUCCUGUCUCUUCCCCUGUGGCUGAGGAGGGUGGUACUUGGGAAACUGACCCUCCUUGCUGUAGGGAAGGGAUGGUACCUUUAUGUGCAUAUUGUAGCUGUUUGAGCUACGAUGUCUUUCUACUUUCACUACUGAGGAAAUUAGUAGGGAAAUCACAUCACUUUUAUUUGAUAAGCAUUUUUUUUUUUAUAUCAACUUGAUUUUUUUCUUUACACAAUUUGUUCAUAUGUCAAAGACAACAAAAUAAAAUUGACAUUACUA